AACAAUCUCAAUCCCCAAACAUGAUUGAAUAUCCAGCAUUCUUGAACACCUAUGAAUCAGCUGAGAACUUCACCUUCCUUGACGAUGAUUUGUUCAUGGCCAAGAACAAUUCUUCAAUAAAGGAUUUCCCUGAACAGCCCAGGUUUCAACCAGAAGAUCUAAGAUCCUUAUCUUUCCCAUUUGAGCCUGAUCAGACCUUGGCUCUUCCUCAGGAGAGAAGGAACAUCCCUGAAGUGGGCCAGGAGGGCAAGGCUGAAGAAAUAGCUUCAAUUGAUGUCUUUACUGAGACAAAACCUCAGAGCCAGACAUUGGAGAAAACUCAAGAUCCUUCUGAGAAACCAUCCAAGAAAAAAGCCAAUAAGAGGAAAUCUACUGAUUUCGGAUAUCUUCUUGAGAGAAAGUCAUUCAGAAUGAUGAGGAAGUACUACAAAGAUAAGUUUCAGCAAAAUAUCGGAGACAUUGAGUACAAAAGGUUAUCGAAGAUGACCACCGAUGAGAUAAAUAUCAUAAUGUCGAGCUUUAUGGAAAAUGAGCUAGGAAGCAUCCUCAUCUGAUUACUAAGUGAAGAUGAUCACGAUAGGAUCAGAGAUGCACUCAAGACCAUCAUUUUCUGUGAUAGAUACCAGAAGAAAGAAGCUAUCUCGGAAGGAUUAAAUUUCAGCAUUCUCAGAAAUGUAUUGCAUAAAUACAAUACUAGGAACCUGAUCGAUUUUCUUUCCGAUGCUUCUAAUUCUUUCGUAUACACCCAUUACUUUCUAAAAGAGGGAAAGAAUGCGGCAUACGAACAAUCAGAUAACGAUUCUGACAAGUUAUUGUCAAGAAUGAGACAUCUGAUGAAAGAAGCUUCAAAUUAUCUACCAUCAGAAAUCAAUGAGAUUUUUGAGGAAAUCUAUGCCUCAAUUUUUAAUAACCCAAUAUAAUAUACCUAAUCGCAAAACUAUUUAAACCUAACCUGUGCUUGGUAGUGGGUUACUUUAGCUAAUUAAUGCUCAGUUCAUCAUCCUGAUCCUUCUCUUUUC